AUGAAAGAGGCGUUUGAGCUGCUGCAACGUGAUGGCAAGAUUCCAAAGGCUUCAGUUCCAACAGCGCUGAGGGCAGCAGGGCUCAAUCCAAGUGAGGAGAAGAUCAAGGAAAUAAUGGUGACAGCGACUGAUGUGGACAUGGCAGGCUACGAGGCUCUUGUGGAAAAACACGACGACAAGAUGGACACGGCAGAGGCAGUGAAAGAGGCGUUUCGUGUCUUUGACAAAGACUUGGACGGGACGGUCUCGGUGGCCGAGUUUCGACAUAUCAUGACCACUAUGGGAGAGAAGUACCACGAGGAGGAGUUUCGCGACCUAAUUCAAGGAUUUGAGGAUAACGGUGUUAUCCACUACGAAAAGUUUGUAGAUAAGAUGCUUGCCCCGUUUACGGAGCACGGGAGUGCAGAGGAUGCUCACUAA